UCAAACAUAAAAUAUGUUAUAUAUGGUACCUUAACCCUUAAUAAAAAUAUAUUUUAUUAUUUAUUGACUUUUAAAAUUAUAUAUACCAUAUAACUUCAAAUAAGCAGAGCAAUGGCCUCUAAUGGAGAGGAAGAGACUGGAAUGUCAAAUGAGCUGGACCAGGAGUCUCUCAUGAGCCUUGAGAGAAUGGAUCGUUCAUCCCCUGACCUGUGGCCUGCUACAAUGCCUGGUAUCUAUGACGUGGCCAGUCUCGUGUCGUCGCCCCACACUCGUCCCUCUACACCCGGUCUCACUCUCACCGCUCAGGACCAAGCUCUGCUCUACCAGUUCAGCUCCCUGAGCCCUGCCGAGCUGAUCGAAGAGGUGCGUAAGCUGCAGAACGUCGCCUACCAACUAGGCGUGGAGGAGGCCAAGCAGAUGACGCGCGGUAAAUACUUACAUGUGCUCGCCGCCCCCAAACCCGGCGCCGACGACGGCUGACAUGCCGGCGCUGACGACGGCUGACAUGCCGGCGCUGACGACGGCUGACAUGCCGGCGCUGACGACGGCUGACAUGCCGGCGCUAACGACGGCUGGCGUGCCACGCUGACGACGGCUGACAUGCCGGCGCUGACGACGGCUAAUGGUCCAAUGGAGAGGGUGCCUAUGCCUGCCACGUGUUGGUAGCGGGACAGCUGAAUCAUAGUACAGGAUGUCGUGCAUAUGGAGAUCUCAUAAUUCCCCGUGAUAGUUUUCAUCAUUUUUGAGGAAGUUCUUCUCUCCCACCGUCGUCAAGGAAGGCUCCCACAGGACACUAGGUAUUUUAUUACUCAUACUAUUGUGCGUAUUAGUAUCUUACGCUCAGGAUUCUUCACUCAACCACAUGAAAGGCUUUUAACUAGCCAGUUAAAUGUUAUUGUUACUUACUUAUCAGUCAUUUUAAAUUAAAAGCAUGGUUUACGUCGUUAGUCUCUCGAGCGUUUUUAUCCCUACCCAUGUUUACUACUGAAUUAUAUCGAUGUUCUCCCGUUUGUCGAGAUCUUGUUAUUAGUGCUUGCGUAUUAGCAAAUCAUUAGCAUCGAGUAUUCGAGAACCCAAAUUCAACUCAAACUCUUCUGAAUAUUAUGAACAUUUUUUUUUACUCCUUCACGCGAGAUAAUAGUCAUUGAUCCUAUCAAAAUUUGCGGUUAUAUUGUAAUUGAGUUGCUUAAAUUGCAUUGAUAUGUAAUCGCAAUAGCAAGGUUAGUGACUAGGAACCUCUGAUGAUAAUUCUGUACCAUUGCUGAGAGACCCUCGUUAAAGUAGGACCUCUUUUCAUGAAGAAAAUUACAAAAUACAAGUUUUGUAUUUAAACCUGGCUUUGAACCUACGUGAUAUUAGCAAUAAAUCAAAUUUGUACA